GAAGAUCUGUACAUUCUAUAGACCUUCGGGUCGCUCUCCUGGAAUUGGCCGCACACCGAUGUCCGUGGAGUUUACGGAACUUCACCUCUUCUGAUGGGUGUUCUGAUGGAUGAAGUGAAACUUGUUCAGUAGAAAUGUCUGAUAGGAUCUCAGCACUUCACCGUAAAAUAUUAGGCAAUGUUCCUUCCUGUUCCACGUCCUGUUUCUCACCAGACCGCCCGCUCCUCUCUCAGGCACGUAGAAGACUGCGCCGGGCUCCUCCGUCCCUUCACUGCCAGACGGAUCUGCUGGAGGAGAAAAUAUGACGACCUUCUAUUUCUGGGUCCUUGUCGUGGGCGUGAUGGGACUCUCUGAUGGAGUUGGAGACUCUGUGACGUGUCUCAGGAAAGGGAAGGAGGUCACCUGCGGUGAUGUCCACCAGGGCCCUAGGGAAGGUCAUGAGAAGGAAAUCCAUUUAUGGUGUGAUGACCGAGAAAUAAUCUGCCCGGUAAUCCCAAGUCUGAAGAAUGUCAGCAAUGAUAUGAAAUUCCAGGCACUCAAAUGCAGGACAAAGAAUCCGUCAAAGAAGGGAAAAUUUAAGAAAUACUGUUGUCAAAUAGAAAGACCCCUCUACGUCUCGGCCCUCCUAUCCGCUCUUUCUGAUAAACCCGGAUCACGUGGCUGGAGGGACAAACUGAUGAAUAUUUCGGAAGGUGGGUCUCGAGUACAAGAUUGGCUGAACCAAAAAAGGGAGGAAUUCUGGGCAACAGUGGCAGGUUUUCAUAGAGCACAAGACUGGGUGAGAGACGCCAGAGAUUUUGUGAAAGACUUGUCUGAUUUACAGGGAUUGCUGGGAAAAUUGAAAAAAUUGUUUACAGAUAAAGAAAUCAAUGAUCGUACCUACGAUUUCGAUGAUGAGGAGGAUGAUGAUGAGGAUGAUGAUGAAAACAAUAGGUCUAAAAGUCUGAGUAUUGUCCUCCCUUGUCUGGCUGCGGUGCUCAUUCUGGUGAUCUGCGCCUUUCUUCUAAGGAGGAAACGUCAACGAGGCCUCGAGAUAGGGGGCGCUAGUUAUCAGCCAGGGAAGAAGAUGGGAUCUACCGGUGACAUCAAUCUGAAAAGCAAUGAAUACCCCCCUUUACCACACAGACCUUCCCACAUCUACCAGGAGAUACCGACUACUCGAGAGGAUCCAGCUGAGGUCCUCCACAAUCCUCUGUACACCCCUUCUGGACCCUCUUCUCUGGAGCAGCAGUCGGGGUCCCAGGAAGAGCAUCCGGCAGAAGGACAAUACAGCCUCCUCCAACCCCCAGACGAACUCCAACCCCCUGACCAACUCCAACCCCCUGACCAACUCCAACCCCCUGACCAACUCCAACCCCCUGACCAACUCCAACCCCCUGACCAACUCCAACCCCCUGACCAAUUCCAACCCCCAACUCAACUCCAACCCUCAACCUAA